AAUUACCUCAUGGAGAGUUAGCCGCACCCACGAAUGAUAUAAAUACUACUGUUGCUUUAGCUUUACUCACGUCAGUAGCAUAUUUCUAUGCGGGUCUUUCAAAAAAAGGAUUGGGGUAUUUCAGUAAAUACAUUCAACCCACUCCAAUUCUUUUACCUAUUAACAUUUUAGAGGAUUUCACAAAACCCUUAUCACUUAGUUUUCGACUUUUCGGGAAUAUAUUAGCUGAUGAAUUAGUAGUUGUUGUUCUUGUUUCUUUAGUACCUUCAGUCGUCCCUAUACCUGUCAUGUUCCUUGGAUUAUUUACAAGUGGGAUUCAAGCUCUUAUUUUUGCAACUUUAGCUGCGGCUUAUAUAGGCGAAUCCAUGGAGGGUCAUCAUUGACUAGUUUUUGUUUUUGAAAUAGUCUAGCCCUUUUUUAGCUUAGCUUGGUCCAAUCCAAUGUAUGCGCAACUCAAGAUAAUCUACUUACUUAGGGACCAUAAAUAUACAAAUACGACGAUCUAGAGUAAUAACAAAAAAGAUUACGAUAUUAGAGAAUUGUAAUAAAAAAAGGAAAGAGAUCUAAUUGAAAAGAUCUUUUUCCUAAAAUUCAGGGUUGGUCCAUUUUUUUUAUUACUUAUAUUUAUAUCAUAUUUACCUUCGAUCAAUAUUAUCCGAUCAAUAUUAUCUUUAUCUUGAUAUUGUUUUUGUUUAUUCAAUUUCAAUAUUAUGAGUCCUAAUUAGAAUAGGAAUUCUUAUGGUAUCAAUUUAGGGUCUAUGAUUUUAAAAAAGCUGUUCUUUAUAUAGAUAUAGAAUGAUUCCCAUUUCAGUCGAUUUCUUCAUUCAAUUCAAUGAUUGACCAAAAGAAAUUUUUUUUUUCAUAAAUAAUAAAAUAAAUUGCAUGAACUUAGCUCAAUCAAAUACUGAUAUUGAUGUUUUAUUUCUAUGCAAUGAUUUGGUCUAAUGAAUUCGUCCAUUUAGAUUGUAUCCAUGUGAGAUAAUGCUAAAUAAAAAAUAAAAGGAAGAGACGAAUUUACAUUACAAAAACUGAUAUAAAAAAAAUGAUUAGGAAAAAAAGGGGGGUAAAAUUAGGUAUAUGGAAUCUAAUGGCUAUAAGACAGCUCUUGUCUAUCCUUUGAGGAAUAAUUCUAGAAUCCAAUUGAAUCUAAGACAUGAAUAGUUGGUUUACGUUAUGUAAGAAACACAUGUAUAUGGGAUAUUAGAUAUUGACUAGUUAUAUACGAACAUAUUGACUAGUUAUAUACGAACUCAAAAUAUAUCUAAUCCAACCUACUACUGUGGAGUUAGAUAGGUAUUCCAAUAGAAGAAUAGAAGUUCCUCUGUUUCGUCUUUGCUUUGAAUUGAACGAAUAAAGAGAUAAAAUAAAGACAAAAACGAAGAAUUCAAAGCAAAGAAUGGGUUGGAAAAAAGAAAGGGAAGAA